AGAUUGAGACGAGUUUAGACGAAACGACAACAAUGAAAAUUUGAGGGACGUGACCGCAAAGGGAAUGACGCUCGGCGGUAAAGACGAUAGAUGCGGCGCAGGCUGAUUAGCGCGUGGCAUGUGGGUGCUGCUAAUGCUUGCGUUGGCGGUGGCCGUCUCCGCCGAAUGCCCUCGCCAUUGUGAGUGCAAAUGGCGAAGUGGCAAAGAGUCCGCCCUGUGUGCUCGCGCUGGUCUAAACGCUGUCCCACCGAGACUCGACCCUACCACUCAACUACUAGACCUGGCGGAAAACCGUAUAGUUACACUUCGGGACGAUGCUUUUGCAGCAGCGGGCCUUCUUAAUCUCCAACGUUUGUACCUUCCAGCCUGCAGUUUAAAAAUAAUUCGCCAGUACGCCUUCCGCGCUCUAGUGAAUCUGGUUGAACUCGAUCUUUCUAGAAAUAGACUGGAGUCAGUGCCAUCUCAAGCUUUUGAUUCAAUACCUGAGCUCCGGGAACUUCGUCUCGGUAGUAACUCUAUUACAAAAAUAAAAGAUGACUCAUUCUCAGCUUUACCACAUUUGGUGAGAUUAACUCUGAGUACUUGUAAAAUAUCGGAAAUAGAGCCGAGAGGGUUCAACGGUUUGGAAGGUUCGCUGGAGUAUUUGGAUCUCAGUAAAAAUAAACUGCAGGUUCUUCAUGUUGCAGUUUUGGCGCCGUUAAGAUCAUUAAAGGGAUUAGAAUUGGCCAAUAAUCCGUGGAAUUGUAAUUGUAACCUCCGACCGAUGCGAGAUUGGAUGAUUAAAAAAAAUGUUCCAGCAACGGUUGUGCCCGAUUGCGCUUUGCCUACACGUUUAAUGACUCAGUCUUGGGAUCGAUUGGACUUAGAAGAUUUUGCAUGUCUCCCUGAAGUAACAGGAAUGUCGAAUAACUUCAAAGGUUUAGAAGGAGAUGAGGUUACACUUGUUUGCAAAGUUAUUGGUGUUCCGGCACCCAGAGUGCGAUGGGUUCGAGCUGGACGACUCUUGGCUAAUACAACUAUAACAUCAGCUAAUUUUAAUUCAGGAAGGACGUUUAUGUUACGCAGUGAAGGACAAACAAGUAAUUUAACAAUCAAAUCAGCAGAUAUACAGGAUUCUGGACUAUAUACGUGCAAUGCUGAAAAUAGGGCUGGUAAAGCGGAAGUUAUUUUAAGUUUGACUAUUGAAAAGAAACCACAAAGUAAAGGUUUUGGCGGCAGAGCGCUUAUGGCCGGUAUGGCCGUCUCUGCAGUGAUAGUGUUAAGUUCGUGUUUAAUAGGACUAUGUGCGUAUGAAACUCGUAAAAAAAGACAGCUAGAUAGGUGGAAUGAACAAAUAGUUACGACAAAUCAUAAUGAAAAUAAUUAUGAAAAAAUUGAAGCUAAUUUAAAACCAAACGCGGAGGUGCCCCGAGUUAUUACCUCAGACAAUAGCCGUAAGCGUGGGGACUACCGAAAUGUUCCUUCACAUGAUCCCGAAGAAGACUUCGAAGGUUAUAGCCGUGAAGAACUCAGGGAUCGCAGGGAAUCAACUACGCCACCGCACGAGGCAAGGUGGAGGCGAUCUGAACCUUCAUCUGCAAGAUCAGGGGAUCUAAUUCAAGAUUUGCAUAUCCCAAGGCUGAGCGAAUAUAAUAUUAGAUCUGAUGCUACGCCUGAAUCAAUACAAAGUUCUAAAUCAGCAGGACUUUUAAGCGGUCACGUUGAGAUUUUAUCUGAAAAUAAUCGAUUUAAUAAUAAUGCCCGAUCAUGUCCGCGACCUCGAACACGGGAUCGUCUCGAUAACGAUCUAUCUGGUAGCGACAGUGAAAAGAAUUAUCCUGAUCUAAUAGAAAUGAGUGCCUUAGGCACAACAUCUUAUUUUCGGAGUGAUAUAAAACACGAUCCUUAUUAUUUUUAUACAAUUCCUCGGAGAAAAGAUGGUGACAGCCGUAGUCCUCUUUUAAGUAGUCGUAGGAAUAGUUCUGGUGGUGAUUCCAUUAAUUUUAUUGAUCGAAAUUACGAGAAAAAUCGACAAAGGUCAAGUGGACGUCGAUCAAAUAGCUUUUUGGAUCUCUCUGUUGGUGGUAAUCGAAUACGUCGAAAUCCUAGCCUGCCGGCUUCCCCCUCAAGAGAACAAACAACAGUUCCGUCCGCUACCCCACUUUUGGAUUUAUCAGGUCUAAGAGAUUAUUCACGUACGGGUCAGCCUUUUGAGGAUUUCGACUUUAGGGCUUCACAGCUAGAAAAGUUUUUAGAAGAGUAUAGAACAUUAAGGGAGCAACUUUCAAGAAUGAAAGAGACUCGAGAAAAUCUCCAAAGAACAAGGGCUGUGGAAAAUGAAGAGCUAAGAGCUAUACUUAAAGGUAAACCUAGUAUAGCUGUUACAGAGACUUCAUCUUCUGUAGCAUUAGCUGAUGCAGCUUCUCCUUUAGCUCUAAGUCCACCGGAAUAUAAACCGCAACAGCAAAGGCCUGAAUGGCUAACCACACUACUUUACCGUAACUAA